CUCGGCAGCGCUAGUCAACGGCAGGGCGUAGACUACGUGCCAUGAGUCCCGCCGCCUACAUGAAAGAGCUCCCUAGCCUACCUACCUACCCAGCGUACUCACUGAAACAUCUCCCCAACCUCUCCGUCACCAUUAAACCAAGAACUCCAAACCAUCGACCGACCGCCACCUCUUUCCGUUCCUUCCACAAAAAAAAAAAAAAAAAUAAUAAUAAUAAUCAGACGUACACUUGAAGAGAAAAACGAAAAGAGAGGCCAAAAUGCCCCGCUACGUCCUCCACAUCGCCAACAAGAACUACUCGUCCUGGUCGCUGCGCGCCUGGCUCGUCAUGCGCCAGGUUCUGUCCCGCGGCGACGACGGCGGCGGCGACGGCGUGCCCUUCACCGAGAAACUGUGGCCCAUGGCCUCCGGGUCGAUGGCGCAGCCGCGCUGGCGCGCCUUCUCGCCUGUCGCGCACGUGCCCUGCCUGCAUGUUUUUCUUGCUGGCGAGCCUGAUGCUGCUGCUGCUGCUCCUGGUGUUACUGCUACUGCGGCUGCUACUGCUGCUGCUGGGUCAGGGUCAGGGUCCGGGGCUGGGGCUGGUUCGGGGAACGGGGAGCGGUCGUCGUCGCAGUGGGAACCUGGACGGGGCGAAGAAGGGGAAGGGAGCGGAGCGGGGGAGGACGGCAGGCCCCUCGUGCUCUGGGAGUCGCUCGCGAUCGUCGAGUUCCUCGCCGAGGAGCACCCGGCCGCGCGCGUGUACCCGGCCGACCGGGCGGCGCGGGCGUGGGCGCGGUCGGCGGUCGCCGAGAUGCACGCCGGCUUUGCGGCCGUCCGGCGCGAGAUGGGCAUGAACGUCGGCGUGCGGAUCGCGCUGGCCGAGGAGGCGUUUACGGACGCGCUGGUCGCGGAUCUGCGGCGGCUGGACGAGCUCUGGAGCGAGGGCCUGAGCCGGUUUGGCGGGCCUUUCUUGGCCGGCGCCGAGUUCACGGCCGUGGAUGCAUUCUAUGCGCCUGUCGUGCUGAGGCUGCAGACGUACGUCGGCACGCUGGACCGGAUGGGCGAGGCCGCGAGGGGUUAUGUGGAGAGGAUGUUGCAGGUGGAGGGGGUGCGGGAGUGGGUGGACGCAGCGCUGAAGGAGACAUGGCGGGAGCCGGUGCACGAGGCGGAGUGCUUGGAGGGGAAGGGGAGGACGUUGAUUGCUGACUUGAGGGCGGCGUAGGAAGGGAAUGAGAAAAGGAGUGGCAAGCGACUUGCAGAUGGGCUAUCAAGCCAGACAAGCGUGGGUGCUUCUUGAUGUCCGCUCUGGGAUAUGAUUAUGUACACGCAGUGCCGCAGGGCUGUCCGGUCUUUUCCACCUUGAUUCCCACGCGGUUUCGACUCGGAAGCUCUUACGGCGUGCAUGUAGAC